GUGGGAAACAUGUGCGGUAUAAAUUAGAAGCACGGAUCUUCCUUCUCCACUCCACUCUCCUCCACUCCUUCAUUUCCUACCUGCUUCGUUAUGUCCAAGCCAGAGAUCAUUCUCCACCACUACCAAGGUUCCCCAUAUGCCGAAAAAGUCAUCACGGCGCUGCGCGUCAAGGGUCUUCCUUGGUGCUCUGUUAGCACAAGUCCCAUGUUGCCCAGACUUCUGCUAGAGCCGUUGGCUCAUGGUUAUCGCCGGAUUCCUGUGAUGCAGAUUGGCAACAAUGUCUAUUGCGAUACCGCGCUGAUCUUGCACGAACUCGAGCGUCGAUACCCCGGAGAGGAUUGCUCGAAGGGCCUUUCGGAUAUGAUCACCACUUGGGCGGAUAAACAACUCUUCAACAAUGUUAAGGACCAGAUGCCAUGGGGAGCAAGUGUGGAGGAACAAAAGGCGAGCCCUCUGCACGCGGUGUUCGGCAACAAGGCCUUCUUGGCAGACAGGGCUCAGCUCUCGGGUGGUCGAUCCAUCAACGCCGAGGCCAUCAAACAAGCCCAGCCCUACCUGCUUGACCAGCUUUUAUCCAACCUCGAUUCUCUGGAACUUGUAUUGCAAACCCCGAUGCACUCGCUGAAGCAACAACAGACACCGCGUGCGGAGGGUGGAUGGGUCCUAGGCACAGCGUUGCCCUCGAUUGCGGACUUUAGCAUCUACGCCAUCGUCUGGUGGUUAAUGACAACCAAGCGAGCUCCUGAAUAUGUCACCGCAGAGCAAUAUCCCUGUGUUUUUGAAUGGUAUAAGCAGAUGAAGGACUGCAUCCAGCGACACAGACAUCCGACACAAGACUGCGUGAAGAUUUCUGCUGAGGAGGCACUCGAGGUUGCGAAGCAGGCUGGAGGAAGCAAUGGCUUUGUGUCGUCGAAGGAAGAUGUCCACCCGUUGGAGAAACGACAUGUGGGCGAUGUUGUUGCAGUGACACCGAAUGAUUAUGGCAAGGUGCCUGUGGAAGGGCGCAUUGUCGAGAUCACUCAUCGCCGAGUCAGCAUCCGUCCAGAGCCAUUAGCUAGCCAUCCAGAGAUCGAUGUGGUGAUCCACUUUCCCCGGAGCGGCUACAUGAUUGUCCCUGCCAAUAAGGCAUCGCUUUAACUAGACGAAAGGAUAGAGCCAUUAAAGUGCACAUUGCCCCCUA